GAGACGCCAGCACACUUCCUCCCGCCUUAACAUGAAGGCGCCACCGCACUACGACUUCCGAUACACCGUGGGUGACCGGGAUGCCUACGGGAGUCAAGUUGAUUUCGGUCACCAGGAGACCCGUGACCUCGGUCACACCUCCGGCAGCUACUACAUCCUGCUGCCAGACUCCCGGGUCAUGAAAGUAGUGUAUUACGCUGACGAGACUGGCUUCCAUCCCGAGUACACCUACGAGGGUGAGGCUGAGCUCGAUCUUCCUCAGCUAGACCCUUUCCAACGGCUGAACACCUACGAGGGAGGCGCAAAACUAGAUUCUCCGGAAGUGGAUCGAUACCCUCGGCCAUCUCGUCUAUAUUCUAGCCCUAGUGAGAAAUAGAAAGGCAGUUGGAAGAGAUUAGGGAAGAGAAAUUAGUUGAUCCACAGCAUGUAGGUCCUUAAUUAAAUUUGUUUCUGGCAGGGAGACGAGGCUGCUGAUCUACCUGGCCUGGUGGUUAACGCUCUCGCUUCACACGGCGAGGUCUGGGUUCGAUUCCCAACCAGGGUAGAAACAUUGGGAGUGUUUCUUUCCACCUGUUGUCUAUGUUCCCCAUCAUUAAAAUGGGUACCUGGGCGUCAGUCGACUGGUGUGGGUCGCAUCCUGGGACACUGACCUAAUUUGCCCGAAAUGCAGAGCAUAACAAGAGUGUCUAUAUAGUAGUAUGUCAUUGUCAGCUAGGGCUGUAUACCUUGUACAUGCACUUGUAGUAAAUAGAUAUAUUAUUAUUAACCACUGACGUGGGCGAGUAGAAAUUUGUGGUCCUCUGUAGGUGGAAAUAGGUGGGUGCGAGUACGGUCAGUCUAUUAUUAUUAUAAUCAAAAAAGCGCUAAGCCACAAGGACUAUACAGUACGGUCAGUCUAGCUUUGGCAAAUAGGUAUAUUA